CGCAUCUGUAUUCUAAGCACAUAUAACCACAAAAGAGAGGAUUUAAAGCGUUUCGGGUUUAUUAUUUCACUGCGGAAAACAAAACUACUUCAUCAUUCAUUCGCGCCGGCGUGAGAUGACAAAGUGAAAGAAGCUGGAGAUGUCUCAGAAGAAGAUAUUCCUAGUAUUGAUAGCUAUCAGUAUGGUCAGCUUGUUUCUGCACCAUGGGGGUCACUUGAACUUGACGUUUGAGGCAUUUUGGCUAAGUUGUCCGUCCUCCAUGCUCUCCUCCACUCAGGGAAGUAGUGGUCCUGCUCUUAAACACACCAGUGUAGCCUUCCUGAAGACUCACAAAACAGCCAGCUCCACUGUGCAGAACAUCCUGUUCCGGUUCGCUGAGCGAAACAACCUCUCUGUGGCGCUGCCUGUUACCACCUGUGACCACCAGUUCUGCUACCCUCGGCCAUUUAGCACCCACUUUGUUCACCCUCACACCACACCCCCCGACAUUAUCACCAAUCACUUACGGUUCAGCCGUUCUGAGCUACGACGCCUCAUGCCCAACAACACAGUCUACAUCACAAUAUUGCGAGAACCAGCAGCCAUGUUUGAGUCUCUGUUUAGCUACUAUAAUCAGUAUUGUCUCAGCUUUAAACGAGUACCAAAUGGCUCUAUAGAGACUUUUCUGGAUCAUCCUUGGAGCUACUAUCGUCCAGAAGAGAAGGAUUCGAUGUACGCAAGAAACACCCUUACAUAUGACCUAGGUGGUGAUAAGGAUCGUCCAUCAAUAGAGGCACCAGCGUAUGCGAAACGAUUCGCUGCAGAGGUAGAGCGAGUGUUCUCAUUGGUGAUGAUUGCGGAAUACUUUGAUGAAUCAUUGGUACUGUUGCGACGUUUGUUGUCUUGGGACCUUGACGAUGUUCUGUAUGUUAGUCUCAACAUGCGCACUCCUGACUCAAAGAGCAGCCUUUCCAGUGAAAAUACAGCCAAAGUCCGAUCCUGGAAUGCCAUAGACUCUGUGAUGUACGAUUACUUCAAUGCCUCACUUUGGCGGCAGCUGAGAGCUUUGGGACUACCGUGCGUUGAGCGGGAAGUCCAGCUGUUACGUCAGUCUCGUGAUAGACUUAUACGUGGCUGCUUUGGUGGAAUUUUGCCACCGCUUCGCUCAGCUUCUCAGAUCACAAAUAAGGAAUUGCGACCUUGGCAGCCCAGUUCCAAAGUUGCAAUUGUUGGAUACGAUUUACCAGUCAACAUUACACAAAAAGGCCAUGUCCCUCUGCGAGACGAGUGUCUGAAGAUGAUAAUGCCAGAGGUGCAGUAUACACGGCUGUUGCUUCGAUCAGAGUCAUUACAUUACCGGAGGCGGUUUCCAUUACGGAACUCCAAGAAGAUUUUACGAUCUGUGGGACAUGUUCGAUCACACAGAGAGGCCCCAUCUCCGAGUUUGAUACCGCGACCUUCAGAGACUAUGGCUCGGAGCACCAGAGGGGCACUACAGCUUUCCCAAUGACCAGGUUGGAAAGAUAGUUAAACGUUUUGCUAUGUUAAUUCCCCUUAUGACUUGGACUACAGGUACAUGUCCAUGAAAUGUUGGGAUUACUUGAAAGCUUGAGGUCACACCUCAUUUGUAUGGGACAAAUGUGAGUAUACACAAACACACAUUGUCAACUCUUGUUCUAAAAGUUGGUAAAAUUGGUGUUUAUAUAUGUUUCUCAAAAUGAAGUGUAAAAUAUUUUAGGAAAAUCUAUUUUGCAGUCUAGAAACCUGGUAUGUGGAAUGUUUCUGAAUCUCUCAAGGCCAUCUCUUCAUAUACUGUAUAUACCUUCACUCAUUGUUUGUAUUUAAGCCAUCAACACCCUGGAAAGUCCAGCUAAACCAGCCUCAGAUGGUACCUCAUAUUACU